GCCUGCUUGUGGCUUCUCUGACAGCCAUGAGGUCCUCUAUGUCUCGACAGACCUAUUCUACCAAAGGAGGCUUCAGCUCCAACUCUGCCAGUGGAGGAGGUGGUCACCGGACCCACACCAGCUUCAGCUCGGUGACAAUGUCCCGAAAUGGUGGCAGUGGUGGUGGGGCCCGCUGUGGCCCCAGAACAGGUGGCUUUGGCAGCCGGAGCCUCUAUAACUUGGGGGACACUAGGAAUACCUCGGUCAGUGUGGCCCGUGGCACCUCCUCCGGCCGGGCUUUUGGGGGCUUUGGCCUUGGCAGUGGGGCUUACAUGGGUCUGGGGGCUGGCAGGCAGACAUUUGGGCCUGCCUGUCCUCCUGGUGGGAUCCAGGAGGUUACCAUCAACCAGAGCCUGCUGACUCCCCUCAACGUGGAGAUAGACCCGGAGAUCCAGAGGGUGCGCACCCAGGAGCGCGAGCAGAUCAAGACUCUCAACAACAAGUUCGCCUCCUUCAUUGACAAGGUACGGUUCCUGGAGCAGCAGAACAAGGUACUGGAGACCAAGUGGGCACUGCUGCAGGAGCAGGGCCAGAAUGUGGGGGCCACCAGAAACAACCUGGAGCCCAUCUUUGAGAUGUACCUGAGCAAUCUGAGGAGGCAGCUGGACAACAUGCAGAGCGAGCGGGGGAGGCUGGACUUGGAGCUAAGGAGUGUGCAAGACGUCCUUGAGGAAACCAGGAAAAAGUAUGAGGAGGAAAUCAACAGGCGCACUGCUGAGGAGAAUGAGUUUGUGAUGCUCAAGAAGGAUGUAGAUGCUGCAUACUCGGAUCGAAUGAAUUUGAACGGCCAAGUGGAUCACUUGAGCCAGGAGACUGACUUCCUGCGGAGUCUCUAUGAAAUGGAGCUGAGCCAGGUGCAGACCCAUGUGUCUGACACCAAUGUGGUCCUCUCUAUGGACAACAACCGCUCUCUGGACCUGGACAGCAUCAUUGCGGAGGUCAGGGCCCAGUAUGAGCUGAUUGCCCAGAGGAGCCGGGCUGAGGCUGAGUCCUGGUAUCAGACCAAGUAUGAGGAGCUGCAGGUGACAGCUGGGAAGCAUGGGGAAAACCUGCGGGACACCAAGAAUGAGAUUGCGGAGCUCACUCGCACCAUCCAGAGGCUGCAGGGGGAGGUGGAUGCAGCCAAGAAGCAGUGUCAGCAGCUGCAGGGGGCCAUAGAAGAAGCAGAACACCGUGGAGAACUGGCAUUCAAAGAUGCUAAGAAGAAACUUGGGGAUCUGGAUACGGCCCUGCAUCAGGCCAAGGAGGACCUGGCCCGGCUGCUGCGUGACUAUCAGGCCCUUAUGAAUGUCAAGCUGGCCCUGGAUGUGGAGAUUGCCACCUACCGCAAGCUGCUGGAGAGCGAGGAGAGCAGGAUGUCUGGAGAGUGCCCCAGUGCAGUCAGCAUCUCGAUGACCGGCAACUCUACCACUGUGUGCGGAGGCAGUGCCGCUGGCUUUGGAGGUGGCAUCUCCCUCGGUGGGAGUGGGGGGGCCUACAAGGGAGGAUUCAGCACAAACGUGGGCUACAGCACUGCCAAGGGUGGGCCAGUCUCUGGGGGCACCUCCAUCCUUCGGAAGACCACCACAGUCAAGACGUCCAGCCAGAGGUACUAGCUGCUGAGCCUUCAAGCUGGGGCCUGCA